GCGUUCAGCGGCGAGCGGACACGGCAGAGCGGGGGAGGGACAGACGAGAAAGACAGCACCAUGACUGCACCCAGCAACACCUACGAUGUUAUAGUGAUCGGUGGCGGCAUAUCAGGGUUAAGUGCGGCCAAGCUGUUAAAGGCCCACGGACUGAACCCUGUAGUGCUGGAGGCCAGGGAUCGUGUCGGUGGUCGCACCUUCACUGUGCGGAAUAAGGAGACGAAGUGGGUUGACCUGGGCGGGGCUUACGUUGGACCAACUCAGAACCGCAUCCUCCGAUUGGCCAGAGAAUACAACAUAAAGACUUACAAGGUCAACGAGCAGGAGAACCUGGUGCAUUACGUCCAUGGAAGGUCCUACCCGUUCAAAGGCUCCUUCCCUCCCAUGUGGAACCCCAUCGUCUUGUUGGACUUCAACAACCUGUGGAGGACAAUGGACGAGAUGGGCAAGGAGAUUCCUAAAGAGGCUCCUUGGAGAGCUCCCCACGCUGAGGAGUGGGACAAGAUGACCAUGCAGGAGCUCUUUGAAAAAAUCUGCUGGACCAGCACUGUUCGUCGCUUCGCCACGCUGUUUGUCAACGUGAACGUGACCUCUGAACCCCACGAGGUGUCGGCUCUGUGGUUCCUCUGGUAUGUGAAACAGUGCGGGGGAACCAUGAGGAUCUUCUCCACCACGAAUGGAGGACAGGAGAGGAAGUUCGUGGGCGGCUCCAGUCAGAUCAGUGAGUGCAUGGCCAAGGAGCUGGGCGAGCGAGUGAAGCUACAGUCUCCGGUCUACAGAAUCGACCAGACCGGAGAUAUGGUGGCGGUGGAGACGUUGGACAAACAGACUUACAUGGCCAAGUAUGUGAUUGUGGCAACCCCUCCUGGUCUGAAUCUGAAGAUGCACUUUAACCCUGAGCUGCCGCCGCUGAGGAACCAGCUGAUCCACCGCGUCCCCAUGGGCUCCGUCAUCAAGUGCAUGGUUUACUACAGAGAGAACUUCUGGAGGAAAAAGGGUUACUGUGGCAGUAUGGUGAUUGAGGAGGAAGGCGCUCCCAUUGGCCUGACACUGGAUGACACAAAGCCUGAUGGGACUGUACCUGCUAUUAUGGGAUUCAUUCUUGCUCGCAAGUGUAGAAAACUGGCAGGUCUAACCAAAGAGGAGAGACUGAAGAGGAUCUGUGAGAUCUACUCCAGAGUGCUGGGCUCAGAGGAGGCUCUGAAUCCGGUGCAUUAUGAGGAGAAGAACUGGUGUGAGGAGGAAUACUCUGGGGGCUGCUACACAGCCUAUUUCCCCCCAGGAAUCCUUACCCAGUAUGGCAAGGUGCUGAGGGAGCCGGUGGGCAGGUUGUAUUUCGCAGGCACAGAGACGGCCACAGAAUGGAGCGGAUACAUGGAGGGGGCAGUUCAGGCUGGAGAGAGGGCAGCCAGAGAGGUCAUGUGUGCGAUGGGUAAAAUCCACCAGAGUCAGAUCUGGCAGCCGGAGCCUCAGUGUGUGGAGGUUCCAGCUCUCCCCUUUGUCACCACCUUCUGGGAGAGGAACUUGCCUUCAGUCGGUGGUUUCCUCAAGUUCAUGGGAAUCUCCACCUUCCUCUCUGCUGCUGCCGCAGCCGGCCUGGUGGCCUACAAGAAGGGCCUCCUGCCCCGGAGCUAAACUGCCCACAGCCAUCAUCUCACUCCUCCGCAUCUCCAGGGGGGGACACAUCUCAACAGACACUGUACUCAUGUGGUUCUACUUUGUUUCAAACCACAAAGUAGUGAACUGCGCAGGGUAUAGGCUGUUUUUUGAGAAAGACCUCGCUGUAAGAAAGACUGUUCAGCUCAUGCAAAACACUAAUGCACCGUCACUCUGCACAAAAGAGAGAGAGAGAGGGAGAGAUUAACGAGAUGAUUAGAGGUAAAGAGCUGCCGGUUUGAGAGGAGUGAAGAAGACGUAGCUUUGUUUUAAUCGUAUCUGCUUCAGAUUCAAAUUCAGAUUGAAGCCAUGAAACCAAUGAAGGAAAAAACAGACGUCACAGUUCCACACUUUGCCAAUGACAUUCACAUUCCUGACCACAUGAGAGUUUAUGAACUCAUCGUGCUUACUGUGUGUGUAUGAGCUUUGUUUGUAUGCAUGCAUUUGUGAGUGUGUGUUUGUCAGUUGUGUACAAAGUGUGCGUGCGUGUGUGUGUGUGUGUGUGUGUGUCUAAUUACCUCUGCUGAUUUUAGGUGCUGAUUUAUUCUGGCCAAGCAGCUGUGGCUGUUGAUGAGAACCAGUAACAUCAGAACAGUUGUGCCAUCGCUCAUUAAAAAAAAAAAAAAAAAUUAAUCAGAGGAGGUUUGGGGAUAAGGCUGGUGAUAUUCUGCUGUUCAACUAAUCCCACCAAGAAACAAAAACCAAUGAAUUCAUCCUUUUAUCAAGUACCGUCUUGUAGCUGACGCCUGGCGGAGCUCGUUCCUCUGUGCCUCCGGUGUCUCACUGUCCCGCUGCUAUAAAUACUCACCACUGCUCCACCAAACGUGUUUACUCCCUGACUGCAGUGCCUCGCUAUUUCACAGUUUGUUCAGACUGAAGGCAAAAUACUUUCCUGGUGUCAUUUGUGCAGAUGUGUGGUUGAGCAUCCUGUGUUUACUCUGCCCCCAAAAGCCAAAGUGACUUACACAGUUAUUUGUAUUUCUAAGCUUCGUGUGAAAACUCACACUCCGACUCUCCAGGAACUCCACUUCUUUCUCGUCUCGUUCUCCAGGUUUUUUUUUUCUUCUCUCUGUGUGAUGGAGCCAAACAGCCUCCGGAUGAGCUCAAGUUGAAGCAGACGCGUGGAGUCAGUUUUAUCUGUUUAUCUAAGAAUCACAAAAUUUCCUCAGACUUCACAGUUCGUACAACAUGAACUAACAUUAACUGUAGUUUAUUUUAAAUUAACACUGUUCCUGUGCCAGAUAUGACUCACAAACCAAGUUCACGGCUAAAAAUGUUUCCCAGCAAAUGCAGGAUUUACUGCACAACUGUUGAAGGAAAUUACUCACUGUGCUCUGUAUAUGUGACAGGUUUUUAAAGACGCAUGUCCUCAGUUUGGACAGGGGCUAACAGCUGACUGGGCGGAUUAUUUAAUCGUGAGUUUCUUUGGGAUUUGUUGUCAUUCAAAAACAAAA